AUUAGUUCCCACGCACUCUCCUUUUCUGCGCGGUGCUGUGCUGGAAAAUGGCUGUGUAGGGAGCUGAGAGUCAUGUGCAGCAAAAGAAAGAAAGGGAGAAAGAAAGAAACCGGACUAGAAGUAAUCAAAGGAGGUGGACGACUUUAAAGUAUUGAGGGAAAGAACAGGUGAAAGAUAAGGAAACUCGCUGUCUGCAUUUUAACGUGUUAAAGUGCCGCCACAGCGAGAUAUUUGGAAGAAGUAUCUGCGUCUGCGGAAUUAUUUUCCAACAGUCUUGAAGGAGUUCCCACAUAUGCUGAGCACUUGUUAGCUGCUUUUCCUUCACUCUGCGGCCCAACUCAUCCCAUACAAUCUCAAUUGGAUUGAGGUCAGGUGAUUGUGGAGGCCAGGUCAUCUGAUGCAGCACUCCAACACUCUCCUUCUUGGUCAAAUAGCCAUUUCACAGCCUGGAGGUGUGCUUUGGGUCAUUGUCCUGUUGAAGAACAAAUGAUAGUCCCGCUAAGCGCAAACCAGGUUGUCACCGUCCAGAUCGGGAGGAGCCUGAAGGAAUCAAGGACUAUUCUAGUGUCCUACUCUGCCCCCCCAUCCACCCCCACAGACAACACAGGUAGACUGCCUCGGUUAGGUAGGUUUAGAGCCUGUCCAACUAGUUUUUGUCACUUGAAGGAGCAUGUUGCCAACCCUGUCCCUCUGUUCCAUCAUUUGGUUAAACCGGGGUAUCAAGCUGAGGAAAGUGCUCCACAGCGCCAACACCGGCCUGCUCUGAGGCAGCAGCACCCUACCUACCUUCCUCCAUAGACUCGGCCAUUUUAGCAAUGCUUCUUAGCUUUGGUUAAUAGUUCUUAACGGCCACUACUCAUCACCCACUACUGCCUGUACAUUUCUGGGUUGCCGUAGCAUCGGGCCGACAUUCGCAUUCUCUCAGCGUCUUCGGCAGCUUUUCUCGGUUUCCCAAAAUGGCGGUCGAGGGUUUUCAGUACCGUGCCCUCUACGUGUACACCAAGGACUUGGAGGAAGAUGUUGAUCUGCAGCCCGGGGACAUUCUGACCGUCAGCAAGGCCUCCCUACUCUCCCUGAACUUCAAGGAGGGGGACGAGGAGCGUCCCGAGCACCUAGGCUGGCUGCUGGGCUUCAACGAGCGGACCAAACAGAGGGGGGACUUCCCGGGGACAUACGUUCAGUUUGUGGGCCACGUGAGGAUGUCACCGCCAUCCAGUCAGCCUCGCUCCCAAAGAAUCCUCCCAGCAGCCCCAGGGCCUGAGCUGUCACAGCAAGCUGUUUCUCUUCUGGAUUUGACUGAGCAGUUCACACCGCCAGAAACUGCUCCCCCUACCCUGGUGAACCUAGUGGAGGCCAUUGAGAAGAAAGGUCUGGACUGCAAGACACUGUACAGGACACGUCUCGCAUCCGCCUCAGAUGGCCCAACACAGAGUCAGAGAGAGGAGGUGGAGUCGGGGCCUGGUAGUGACGUGGGCGCCGUUUCGGAGUGUUUACUCCGCUACCUGCGGGAGCUGCCGUCCCCCGUCAUCCCCCCCGGUGUUUACCCAGACCUGCAGGCUGUGCUGCAGCAGGGCGCCGCGGACUGGUCCAAGGCUGUGGCGGCGAGCAGCAGUGGAGGCAGGGAGCUGAGCCUGGUCCUGGAGAGGGCCACCAGCAUGUCCCUGCAUCACCACCUCACACUGCACUACCUGCUCACACACCUGGGUAAGGUGAUCCAGACCUCCCAUCUUAAUGGCCUGGACUUUCACACCCUGGGUCUGGUCUUCGGGCCGCUGCUGAUCCGGCACAGCUCUGCCACUGGGUGGGAGGUGGGGGAGGAGUUCCCUGCACUGGCACUGGAGAGGCUUCUGAUGGAGAUGGCCAUAGGACAGGAAGUCCCACACCCAGCUCUACCAGCCAUGCCAGUAAAGGUCAAAGAUACAACUCCAGCCAUGACUGAGAGCAGCAUACUGAGUGAUUCGGAGUGGUACUGGGGUGAAAUCUCCAGGGAGGAAGUGAAUGAGAAGAUGAGAGACACCCCCGACGGGACGUUCAUGGUCCGUGACGCCUCCAGCAAACUGGAGGGAGAGUACACAUUGACCCUCAGGAAAGGCGGAAACAACAAGCUGAUCAAGGUCUGCCACCGGGAAGGUCGCUAUGGCUUCUCAGAGCCGCUCACCUUUAUCACGGUGGUGGAGCUCAUCAACCACUACCGCCAUGAGUCCCUGGCCCAGUACAACGCCAAGCUGGACACCCGGCUACUCUACCCAGUCUCCACAUUCCAGCAGGAGCAGCUGGUGAAGGAGGACAGCACUGAGGCGGUGGGCGAGCAGCUGAAGGUGUACCACGAGCAGUACCAGGAGAAGAGCUGGGAGUAUGACGUGCUCUACGAGGAGUACACACAUACCUCACAGGAGCUCCAGAUGAAGCGCACAGCCAUCGAGGCCUUCAACGAGACCAUCAAGAUCUUCGAAGAGCAGUGUGAGACUCAGGAGCGCUACAGCAAAGAGACCAUCGAGAAGUUCCGACGUGAAGGCAACGACAAAGAGAUCCAGAAGAUCCAGAGCAACUCAGAGCGUCUGAAGUCUCGGGUGACAGAGAUCCACGACAGCAAGAGGAAGCUGGAGCAGGACCUGAAACAGCAGGCAACCGACAACAGAGAGAUUGACAAGAGGAUGAACAGCCUGAAACCAGACCUCAUGCAGCUAAGGAAGAUCAGGGACCAGUACCUGGUGUGGUUGACACAGAAGGGGACCAGGCAGAAGAAGAUUAAUGAAUGGCUGGGCAUAAAGAAUGAGGCAGAAGACUCCUACUGGCUGGUGGAGGAGGACGAAGGCUCGCCCCACCACGACGACGGCACCUGGUACAUGGGCGACAUCAAGCGCACCCAGGCAGAGGAGCUGCUGAGGGACAAGUGUGACGGCACCUUCCUCAUCCGAGAGAGCCAGACGCAGAAGGGCUCCUAUGCCUGCUCUGUAGUUGUGGACGGCGACGCCAAACACUGCGUCAUCUACAAGACGGACAAAGGCUACGGCUUCGCCGAGCCCUACAACCUCUAUGGCUCCCUGAAGGACCUGGUGCUCCACUACAAGCACGAGUCCCUGGUCCAACACAACGACCAGCUGAAUGUAACCCUGGCCUACCCGGUCCUCACCCAGACCUAGCAGCAGCACCCCAGAUGAGGGGCAGCAUGGCAUGACGACCCCUAAUGGAGACCAGAGCUUCUAAAGCAUGGCAAAUCAAGCACACUAUGUACUACAGUACCAGCCACAGUAAACAUGAGACAAAAAACAUAGACGUGUUCGUAGACGAAAAACAACAUAAGCACACAGUUAUGAUAUAAGCUUUCAGACCAUAGUUAGAAGAGCAAGAGGGAAUGAGAGAGGAAAGGAGAGAGUCGGGAAGCUGGAGGGUAAAGAUACUGGAUGUAGAAUAGAUGGGGGAAGGGAAGUUGAUGCCAGCUUUCAGAUGCAUGGUGCUGAAAAGGAGGGCUGGGGUGGAGGGUCAAACUGUUAGAUUCUAUAAAAAGCUUGCUUAAGUGCCAUAGAGAGCCUUGAUUGACCACAAGCCUGUGUUGGGAAAGAAGGGGACUGUGGGGUGGGUGGGUUGGUGCUGGGAGGGAGAGCAAACUGCAGCUUUAGAAAUAUAUAUAGAUAUAUAUAGAUAGAUAUUGUUUUUUAAGUCCAAUUUCCAUGAAACUGCCGUGGGCUCUCCUCCAGUUUGUUGUAAGAUAUAAAUUCUUUAUGAAAAGAGAUGUGAUAUAUUUGGUGUAUUGUGAAUAUAUAGAUGAUAUUCACAAUAGAUCAAAUAUAUAGUGUAUUGAUGAAUACAGUUUCUAAAGGGAUUCAAGUUUCCCUUUUUCAUUUAAUCGUGGCUAGUGGAGAAAUCUCUCCAAGCUCAUUUCUACAUUUCUGUUCUAGUCAGGAUUGGGGUCAAUUCCAUUUAUAUUCUAGUCAUUUCAGGAAGCACACUGAAAUGCCAAUUCCAAUGAUCUUUAAUGCUUUUCAAUGAGGAACAUUUUACAUUGGAAUUUAAUAUACUUUCUGAAUUGAGUGGAAUUCAAAUGGAAUUGACCCCAACUCUGCUUCCAGUGCUUUCUUUUAUAUUGUAGCCUGUAGCCAUGAUUGAUGGUAUUACUGUUAGUAUUCUUGGUGUUUUUAUUUCUACGUGAAUAUACUCACAGAGCAUCAAUCUAUUGGAUCUUAACUCUCGGUGCUGUAUGGCUUAGUCUCUUGGAAGCCUGUCUAGUACAAUGUUCUUCUCAUAAGCCUUUGCUUUUGUCACAGCGUUACUACUACUCACAGUACUUCCUCUUUGAGCUUGACUGUUGUUUUAAUUUGACACAAGCUUGAUUCACAGAGCUGUAGAACAUUGUUGUACAUAAGAAAAACCCCAGAUUAACGUUAUACGACCCAUAUAUCUACAGACAGUAACAGGCAGCGUGACUGUCAGUCUAAAAGCUGUAUUUGCUGUACGUAACCAUGCAAACAGAAAGUAUUGAAUGCUUUCCUUUCCAACUGUGUCCCCCCGCAGGGGAAACUGCUGGAGGAUGCACAGUAUCCAGCUAAACUUGAGCCAAAUGAAGGAUGUCUUUCAUGUAGCAAAUAAAAUAUCUGAUCCGUUUUGAGCAUGACCACAGAGGUUCGAGAGAUUUUCUAUAAGUACAGAAUGCAUGUAAAUCUUUCUUUUGGAUAGUACCUAGACACUAGCCCUAGUACUCGUGCUGUUUUUAGUGUGUACGCCUCAUGUCGUAGACCAGUAUAAUGCACAAACUAUAGUAAGUGAAUAAGAAUACAUGGAGAUUUACAGACACACUCACUGUCGAGUGAAUCCCUCCACGGGUACUGAGCAGUACUUUUGUUGUGUUGCUUCAGGGACUUACUCUGCCAAUGCUUCUAUUCCUUUUCCAUAGCAUAGACUUUGUUUGUGUGAAUACACUUCAGCCAAAAUUUGAAGGUUGAUUCUUGACUUAAAGUGGAAAUCCACCCAAACUAUCUUUGGUAUAUAUUUUUUCAUUAGUCCACUUGAUACAGUCCCAAAACAUUUUAGGACUGUAUCAACAGAAACAAAUCUAAACAAUUUUAUUGAAUGGUUUUCUCUUUUAAAGAAACAUCAUGUAAUGAAACUGAGGAUAUCGAGGAUUUAAGUUUGGUGACUUGAUUUAAGUGCUGCGUUUAGAUUUGUUGAGAACAUUUGUAGAAUGAUGGCCACUCCUUUUUGGGCAGUUCUAAACAUGAUAAUUUGCUCAAAGUGUGAUUUAUUCUCACUCUUUUGGUAAUACAGAUUAAGUAUGAUGCGUAAAUAUUGCAAUUGAACAGUCAUUCAAGUGGAUUGGUUAAUUAGUUAUGGGAAAUUAGAUGGUACAAAUGUUGGUUGGAGACAAAAAUUAUGUUAAGGAUAAAUACAUUGGUACUGUUUAAUGGUGCUUUGCACAGUUCUUGGCCAGAAGACUAGACAAGAAUUAAACUCAAAGUGACAUUAGUUGGGUGUCUUGAGAGGGAUAUAAAAGAGUGUGAAUCACAAAGUUAAGAAGUGCCUUCUCUGUCUGCGUUACUCAGCUCUUGUCUUUAUGUCAGAAGAGCUUCUCUCCUGUAGACAGAGCCACAGUGUACUGUAGUCUUUGUUUAAAAAACAUUUGCCAAUGUCAUAGCCUGACGACCCGAACUAAAUUCUUCCACUUCUCUGUUGUUCACUACAUACUUUAGUCCGAGACUACCAUCAUUGAAGUAAUUUGUGGUGAGGGGCGUUGUGCAAAAUAAAGUAAUCAGCGAUUAGAUUGUCUCUAAACCAAUUAGUGUCAAAGCCAAUGAGGAAUUUUCAAACUGCCGCUUUACCCACGUGUUCUGGCUCUGGCCCAACCCAUCGGUUUCUGGACCAAUCAGGUGGCCCUGAAUAUAUUUGCAUUCGGUGACGGGUCGGGGAGGUAUUGCGUAAGAAACUAAUGUCCGGGGGUGUGGCAUAGCGUUUGGCUGGAGCAAGGAGUCUGAGUAGCCAGGCAACUAAUGUCAACCCCUGAAGAGAACUGACAAAUGAGCAUAGUUAUCGUCUUUCCUUUAGUGUGUGUGUGUGUGUGUGUGGGUGUUGCGAGUUAUGGAGGUUGUUUGUUUAGUUAUGCUUCUCUUUUGUUCUUUUUGUGACUGGGGCUAUUGGUUGGUGCUCUUCAGUGAGCGAGGCAGUUUCCUUUGGGGUUUGUUGUAUAUUGAAUCAAACCUAGAGUGGAUAGAAAUGUGAAUACACAGUCGUAGCCCAACACCGCGUUUUGUUUAAUAAGCCGAAUCUCAUUCGAUAAGCACUCAAAUGAAUGCAUGCAGUAUUUCUGUGUUUUCACAUCAAUACCCUGUGAAUUCAGAUCCAGUUUACCCAGCUACUGACCUAUUUAUUUACAGUCCGUCGGACCAUCAUUUUGUGAAUGUGCUCUUUCCUGUUCCACACUCCUUAAUUGAGUGUGUCUACGUCUACAAAGUAUGAAUUAAUCCUAAACCAUGUCAGUGAAGCUCAGUAAGCCAUGAUAGUGUUUUUUUAUUAAGCAUCUCAUGUCAGGGAUGUUUUAUCUGACUUUCUUUGUGAAUCAAAGUGAAAGAAAACGUUGUUGUCCCCUUAUACAAUACAUAGGGUGGAGGCAUGACAAACUUUGAAAUAGUAGCCUGUAUUCUGAACCUGUUUUGAAAUUGACAUUGAGGCAAGAGGGACUAAUGUCCAUUAUUGCUGUUUUUCAUGAUUCAAUUGUUUAACUGUAUAUACUAUAAAACUGUGUUCCGUUUCUGGUUUUGAUUGUGUCAGGCCUACCCAUUUCCCAUUUGAAAAUGGGUGACCCGUUUCAAACCAAAUGAAAGGGAAGCUAGCUAAUAUGCAAUCGGUAUAAUUGGUCGGUCCUCAGCUCUUUAAUGCUAUAUGAAUGUCAUGGAGUCACAUUAACGUCACUUGCAUUAACAUUAAUGUUAACAUUUGUGCAGUGAUCGUGUUUCAGUGGUCGUGCCCAAUGAGAUUGGUUUGCGGAAGAGGGAUGAGGGUGAGUUGACCAUUGUUGUGCUUUGACUUGGAGCAGAAGUUGCUUUGAAUUGUCCUUUACCCUGUUAUCGUGAAACAGCAUGUGUCCAAGCACCCUCCAAAAUGAUCAGAUGAAUGACCCAUUAUUGCUUAUCUCUGGUACAAAAUACUUGUAAUAAGGUAUCAUACUUCUACCAUAUCAUUUACUGAAUACAAGUAAUUAACAUUUAUUACGUUUGAUGAAUAUUUAGGUUUGAAUCAUAUUUGGAAGAAAUAUAUUGAAAUAUAUCUUGACAUAUUGUUUUUGGGUUAUAUAUUCUGAUUUAAUUAUGCUGGAAACGGAUCAGAAACAGAAGCUAACUUAAUCAGAGCUUAGAUGGUAACACGUCUAUUGACGUGCCACAGCAGCAUUUCAUCAGUGGGCCAAGUGAUAUCUAGUUUCCAGAAACUCUGAGCUUUAUCAUAAUCAACAGCAAGCUUUCCUUCUUUUUUGAUUGUGGUUCUAUUGAUUUUAAUUGACCCACAAUAAUUAUAAUGAAGAGGAGGCAGGCUCAUCUAUGUUUAAAAUGCAGCUCUCAAUCUAGUUGUCCAUGAUGAUAUCAUACUGAUUGGUCAACCUUGGCCCCAUUUAACCAACUCACACAUAUGUGUUUGUAUCAAGUCUGAGUCGAGAUUAUCAGUAGCCUUGACACCAGUGUCUUUCAGCAAAGCUCCAUUGUUACUAUCCUACCAAGGGUGGUGACAACAGAGCUGACCAACACUGGGACUAGCUGCUAUCUAGACUACAGCCUGUAUAUUUUUAAGAUUGUUUUUCUGAGCAGAAAGUAGUUUUCUAUACAGAUCUGCUUUGUCCAUAGAAUGGGGAAAGCACCUUUUUUAUUUUCAUUUAUUUCAGAUCAUGGUGGCAAUUAUUUUUAUUUUGACAUGAACAUGUAUUCUCAGUUUGAGAUUCUGGUUGUGUUUUUUAUUUAGCAAAAGGAGGCAGUUUGAAAGUUUCACCAGGGGAGUGUUUGAGAUGGUAUGAAAAUAAUGUAUAAUUCGAAGAGUGGGGCAUUUAUUAAUCAUUGGAUAAAGUCCCCCCAAAUGCACUAGAAAACACAUACUUUAUACCAUCCAAACAUGUUGCCAACAACAAUAGUUAAGGUACAAAUGUACAUGGAUCAGAAACACUCCUUCGGGGAAUAACAGACCUUUGUACAUGGAACAAUGAUGGCAUUAGAAAGUGUUCCUUUAAGGUGCCUGAGUAGGGUUUGUUUUUAAUUAGGCUUUUAAGCUAAUUGAUUUGUCUGUCCAAGUGUUUGUUUUGGUUUGUUUUUGUUUGUUAAUGAUAACCGUACAGAAUCUAUCAAAUAAGCUAGCUUGAAUAUUUUCCUCCAUACAGAAAAGUACAAAUGUUUACGAUAUCUAAUUAACCAAAUAGCAAGUAUGCGUUUGAGAAUCAAUCAGUCUGUCACUAUAAAUGACUGAUCGAUUGAUUUGAUUUAUUUCUUUCCUCUGUCAUUUUAAACUUGAAGAUGUUAUGACUGCUUAUUCUUUUGUUUAGAUGUUGUUGUUUUUUACUUGUCAAACAGUGCUCCCUCACUAUGACAAAAGAAGAAUUGUUACCUUCGUCUGCUUAGAACAAAAUCGACAUAUUUUUCUUUUUCUUUAAAGGCACCCAGGGCAGAAUGGUCCCUGGGUGGCUUAGAAUCAUUAAGGAGAUGCUGAACAGGCCGAUUGGCAUGUGUUUUUCUGUUUCUCAUGACAAAAGGUAGAUUUCAGUCUUGGAGGUGUGUUUCCUGACCGAUUCCUCAUUUGGUUAAUAAUGUUUGUCCCCCAUUAGACACUGGAAGCCUAUUUCCCCUCCUCAAAAUCCCAAAAUGAAUCUAGGAUAAGAAGAAAUCUGUCAUUCAUUUAGACUUUUUGGCCGAGGAUGUUUUAGUUGCAAAAUUAGAAAUCUGACUAAGGUGUUUGGUGCAGUAUUUCUCAAGUUUAAAGAAAUCAGAGACGCAUUGUGUUACGUUAACAAAGUCUGAGCUGCUGAGCACGUCUGCCUUACUGUCUAUGCUAUUGGAUAUAGAGAAAUCACCGCAGCUAUUCAUCCCCUGUUAGUAGGUAAAUGGACAUCGUUGAAUCAAAACCCAACAUUAAUUUACCUGUUGUGACACACGGAUGUUCCAAACUCCGUUUUAGACCAGACUGACCCUAUGACAAAAAUUAUCCUAUUUACACUUUGUUGUAAAUUUUGACAUUUGAAUAAAUGUUUCUGACACAUAUCGAUGACACAAAUCCUAACUUCAGACAAUCUUAAUUUAGCGUUUUUGCACAUUGUGCAUUGAUAUCAAUGGGAGAUUUUUUUUUAAUUAAUAAUAAUACAUUCAUUUUUUGGAGUUAGUCGCAAAUCUCAAGUUAGGUUUUGGCUGUAGAUUACACCAUAGAUGAUUUGGGAGGCUUUAGUUUUCAGACUGCUUUUCAAGAAUGAGAGAGAGGUUUAGCCAACUAGUACAUUUUAAUUUGGAAAUUGGAAAUGAGAAGAGGCAUGGGUUUCGAUUUUGCACUAAGAGGUCAUCCUCGUCUCACUAAGAUGGAGAAAUGCAGUACAUUCGUUGACUUGCUCUCUGUCAUUCAAAACAGAGUCAAUUAAAAAUAAUGCUUUUUGUUUACUUUUGUUAUCUAAUCUCUGCAACCCUUCAAUGUAGAUUUCAUCCUAGGUGGUGUUUGUGAUCAUGUGACAGUUGUAGAAUGCACGUCCGGUACAGUACAUUUUGACAAACCUUUAUUUGCUUUGGAGAAAUCAAAGUGCAGUAUGAUAAUAUGAUUCUUAUUGUAGCGAGAUUUGGCAUCAUGUUUUUCCCUUUUUUCAAAACGGUAAAAUGGACAUGAACCAGACUGUCUGAUAAAGCUACUCUACACCAAAGUGCAAUUGAACUCAGAGGGAGCACUGUUGGUGAACCAGUGGGAGUCUUCUCUCCUGGUUGUGUUGUGCACAAUCUUUAUGUAUGGAAGAUUAUUCUUCUUCUCAUCUUUUUCCAGUCUGUCUUAGAUAAUUCAGAUGCAACAUUUUUUAUUUUGUUUUCUGUGUACAGCUUGCUUCGGAGUUGUCUCAAACAGGUACUCUUACUUCUGUACGGUUCUUUCCUUAGGAUGAUGCAAUGAUUUAAAAAAAAUAAUAAUAAAACAUGUAAGAAAAAGAAA